AUGGCCAUGGAGGGACUGCUGUCCUCAUCGCUGGCAUGCAGCCGGCCCAAACUGGGUGAGGCCGAGGGCUUCAAAAGAGCCUGGGACGAGUUGGAAGCUUACGUCAGAGCGAGGCCAGUCCUAACAGACCAGCACCUUUCCUCGUACCACGCAGACGGAUGCUGCCUGGUGCGCCUGGGCGGGAAAAUCGUGGAAGCAGAUGCUUGCCACAAGACAACGCCAUCACAACGGCGUGCAGGGCAGGCUGAUCUUGACACUUUGGCCGACUUGGCCCUCCUUGCCGUAGCCCGCGAGUUGGUCAUUCUCCGUCCUCACGAAGUCUGCAACGUCCAAAGUUUCCAAGAGCUGUACGGUGGAAGACUCAUUUCGGACAUAAUCCCCGAAGCACAUCAUGUCGACUUCAAUGGCACCGAGUGUCGGAGAGAUCACACGAAGGAACAGCCACCGAUGCGCCUCCACGUUGAUGACUGUGACCACGGGUGCUCACCGGCUGUCCAGCUGCUUCUGGGAAUCAAGAAUGUGAACCAGACGCCCACAACAGUGGCCCUGGUUCCGAAGGAAGAAGAGCUUCUAGCGGCGGGCAUCCGGGUGGAUCUGCUCCGAGAGCCGCUCUACCAGCACCAGCCGCCGAGCAUCACCGCUACGUCUGCUGUUCCACUCAGGCCCGUCCUUUAUGGGGCAAAGGAGAGGCCAAGAAUCCAAGCAGACGUGAAGUCGACGCGGGGCAUUAGACAAGACGCCGCCGAGGCUUGGGAGGACCUGCACAGAUUCCUCCAGAAAAAGACGCGCUUCGUUGCUUUGGCGCCAGGAGACGUGCUCGUUCUUGACAAUACACGAGUGCUUCACGGACGGGGAAGCCUGCAGCCAGUGGAAGACUCCGCGAACCGCCGAUGGGUCAAACGAUUGUGGUUGACAGGCACUGCGACUGAGAAAACACUGGCGACAUGUCACAAUCCUCUUCAACGACAUCCACGCGUGUUCAGUCGGCAAUUGGCCUACGACCGGACAAAACCCAUGCUGAAUCCCAUGGAGCACUUCUGA